AUGAAAAUUGAAACGAAUAUAAUACUUGUGCUUCUUGGACUAAGUCUGGUUACGGCGUUUUCUGCAGAACCAGAAACUUACUAUUGUGGCGGGAAACCAGCCGAUGUGUAUUUCCUCUUGGACUCAUCUACUAGCAUCUGGUAUGUUGACUAUGAAAAACAACUCCAGUUUGUCUCCAGUGUAAUCGACAUCUUCGAUGUUGGUCCAAAUAGAACCCGAAUUGGCAUGGGCCUCUUUAGCGACUAUUUUAAUCCCCAGAUCGGCUUCGGAGACUACAAUAACAAAACAGAAAUCAACCAGGUCAUACUGGAAACAAAGCAGAAAAUGGGCGGGACCAACACUGCCGUUGCCAUUCGCGAAAUGCGUGAGGGGGAAUUUAACUCGAAUGUCGCUCGCCAGGACGUUGCUCACAUCGCAAUAAUCCUGACUGACGGAAAAUCUUGGGACCCUAAAGAAACCGCUUUCCAAGCAAAACUUACCAAAGAAAAAGGAAUAUACAUAUUCGCCAUUGGCAUCGGAGGCGAUGUUGAUACACGUGAGCUUCGCAACAUUGCCAGCAAAUCUGAAAACGACAAUGCUCAGUUUGUCUUUCAUGUGAAGAAUUUCGACGCUUUGGACUCCAUAAAGAACAUCCUGGCUAUUAAAACAUGCGAAGUUGUUCCGAAAGACCAGCCCAGGUGUGCUACCAGCACUAAAUCAGAUAUUAUCUUUGCACUGGAUCCUUUGGUAAUGGGUCAAUCACGUACGGAAAUCAUCAAGGAAUUCAUCGCCAACACUGCUAACCAGAUAGAUAUGGGAGACAGUAAACCAAUUAGAAUCGGUGUCUUCACCAACAAUUGUCCCAGCAGCAAAGACAUCCACCUGAAUGAACACGGCAACAAAUUCACUUUCAUCCAGGAACUCCGGUCGAAUAAUAAGAUGACUAAAACUCAUAUUUUGAAAAGAGUUCGCCGACGAGGAUUCACCAAGGCCAACGGAGGACGUGCCGACGCUCGUCGUCUUAUCGUUACCUUUGUCGAUGGCCCAUUAGAUAAUUCAAAAGAUGUCUUUUUGGAGGCCGAAAGAGUUCGAAAAUUCAACAUGGACGUGUUUGUCAUUGCCAUUGGAAACGAAGUCAAAGAAAACGAGUUGCGGAAACUGGCUUCAGUGAGACCGAAAGAACACAUUUUCCGAGUCACCAGCUACGACAACCUGAAGAUUUCUUUCAACGAUUUUAUCGACAAAAUCUGUGAAUUUUUGUGA